CAUGACAGUUUGCGUUUCGAUGCAACGCAAGUACAACCAGUUCGCAAAUAAUAUUACUAUUACUAUUAUUAUUAUUCUUUUCGGUCAGCUCUUCGCACGCGCGCGCGAGUGUGUGCAUGUUGUCUGUGUGCAGUGCGCGCGCGAUCGCGUAUGUGUCUCUAUAUAUUGUGUGUACCCAUUAAUAGUCAUAGAUAGUUUAAUAUAGGUACGCCGCCAUCGAUAUUACACACGUUAUCUUAAAUUUUAUUAAAAGAAAUUAAAUUAAAUUUUACUAUAGCCGUCGUUUUCACAAGUGCCAACACAGUGUGUCUCCCGGAAAAGGUUUCCUAUUUUCGGUACAGCAUUAUAAUAUAUACUCGCGCCGUGCGCGUUCCGUCCGUCCAGCGAUUUUCGUAUUUAUUUUCUUAUUAUUUUUUAUUUAUUUUUUUUUUAAUUUCAUUUUUUAACCGUCGGCCAAUUAUCGAAUACCGCGCCGGUGGUGUCGGCGGUUGCGGAGGCUACGAUUUUCGGUGACGACCGUCGUACGACCGACCAACCGACGCGUGUUGUAAGGCACACAUCCGACAGGCCGACGUGUGUCGUAAAGCUUUAUCUAACCUCCGACCGACCGACAGACAGACAGACCGACCUCCACAACGGCGGCGGCAGUCGCGUGUCCUCGUGCCAUGACCUGCCAGUUUCCGGUCCGGCCUCAUAUACUACCGUUGCAGGGCGGGACAGUGUCGACCGAAGCCCACCGCGUGAUGGGCGACCUGCAACAUUUCUGUCUGCGCUGGAACAACUACCAGAACAGCAUCACCACAGCGUUUGAGAACCUGAGGGAUGAUGAGGACUUCAUCGACGUGACGCUGGCAUGCGACGGCAAGAGUCUGAAGGCUCACCGGGUGGUGCUGUCUGCGUGCAGCCCAUAUUUCCGGGAACUGUUGAAAAGUACGCCAUGUAAACACCCUGUGAUCGUUUUGCAAGACGUCGUGUUCGACGACUUGCAGGCACUGGUUGAGUUCAUCUACCAUGGGGAAGUAAACGUUCACCAGAGGAACCUGAGCUCGUUCCUGAAGACCGCUGAAGUGUUGAGGGUAAGCGGUCUCACUCAACCGUCCGAUUCCACUACCACCAAUGACCAUUCUGCGAGGCAGUCUUCCGAAACACCACCUGCGGAAAACUCGUUCCUGCAGUCAUUCGCCGCACAAGCGUCCGAAGAUAGAGUGUCACCACAGGUCAGACAGAGGAAAGGUAUUCCACAACAAUCGCCAUCGUCCAUACCCUCACCGCAGUCAAAGGAAAAUUCUCCGAUACCGUUGAAACGCUCCAACAAGACUUCGUCGAAUCCGUCUUCGGGCGGAGGCGGAGGCAUGGACCUGUCCGAGAGGACAUCUCAACACAGUCCCAGCUCGGCGGGAAGUCGGCCCAACUGCAACGACGAUGACGACGCCGGCGAACGUUCGGACGGCGGCGGUGGAACCGUCGUCGGAAGCAACGGUCACACUAACGGACACCAAUCGCACAACCACCACCUCCACCAUCACAACAACCAGCAGCACGACGAACCUCCGAUGGACUAUUCGCGGACGCACCAGCAGCAACAGCCGCCGGCCAACGCCCUGCAACACCUGCAGGACACGGCACAAAACCUGAUGAUAUCCCGUCGGUCGCCCGCCGAAGUCAAAACCGAGCCGAUGGAUACCACGCCCGCGACCGCCGUCAACAGUAACAGCGCGUACGCGGACGACAGCAACGACUCAGCAGCCGACUUCACGGGCGUCCAUCCGGCCAUCGGCAUGUCCGAACCAGACGACACGUCGUACCAGAGCCAUCACUCGUACCUGGACAGCAAGUUUUUUGCGGCCGCCGGCGCCUCGUUCAACUUCAGCAUGGCCGCCGCCAUGGCCGCCGACUCGUUAGCAGGUCUCAACAAUCACAACCAUACCAACGUGAUGGAGGCUCUAGGAGGCUCCAGUUCUCAAGACUGGUCAGAGGCUGGUGGCGGAGGAGUCAGCGGCGGGGGCGCGGAGACGCUGUCCUGUUUCGUAUGCGGCAAGCGCCUGAGCACCAGGUUGACGUUGAAGCGGCACAUUGAACAGCAGCACAACCAGCCUCUGCACUCGGCCGUCUGCAACGUGUGCAACAAAGUGUUCCGCACGCUCAACAGUCUCAACAACCACAAGAGCAUUUACCACCGGAAGCCCAAAGCGUACAAAUCGGCAGGCGGAAACGCGGGGGCGGCGGCGGCGGCGGCGGCGGUAGCGGCUUCGACGGUGGCCGCGACCGCCCCGACGACGACGACGACUACUUCCGCGGCGGCGGUCACGUCGUCGUCCGCGUCGCCCGAUGGUAACGGCGGCGCGUCCGGAUGCACUAACGCCGCCGCCGCCGCCGCUGUCGAUGCCGCCGCCACGACCGUGAAAAACUUACCGCCGCUGACCAUGUGGUACAACAACAACAUAAACAACAACAACAACAACAACAACAACAACAACUGACAAAAGCUGCAGCGGAGCGCCUGAACGGGCUCCGACGUCGUUUUCGUCGUCCGAACGACGCGACGGCGGAAGAGGAAAAGGACGGCGGCGGCGACGACCGAACAGAGGGACGACGACAGUAUUACAAAUUACGCGAACGAGAAUGAACGAUAAUAAUUAUUAUUCACGAUAUACAUGAUGAUGAUGAUGAUGACGCGCCGCGUGUAGCCGACGACUGUAAAGUGCAAUAAGAAUAUUUUAUGUGUUAUUAUAUUAUAACGUUUAUAUAUAAUAUUAUUAUUAUAACAGUAGAGAUCGUUUCGAUUUUAAGAUAUUGUAAGUUUUGUAGGUUUCGUGUUUUAUAUUAAAAUUUUUUUUUUUUUUCGUUUUCCGACGUGACUGUGAACAAAUUUUACUAUAAAAUACCCAUCGACGAAUUAUAUCGGAAUCAUUAUUAUUUGUUUAUUUUUUUCUCGUGUUUGUUUAGGUAUUAUUAUUAUUAUUAUUAUUAUUAUUAUUGUAUUAAUUUUAUUGUUUUAUUCAACGAACGAUGGUUCGCCUUAGGAUUAGUGGUGUAUACAAUUAGGUAUAUAUAAUAUUUAAUAUUGUAUAAUAUUGUGUAGGUAAAUUGAGUAUAUAUAUUUUUUUCUUUACGACGUUAGACUGUGUUCGUACAAGGUUUAGUGAAACGAAUAAAAAAUAAAAAUAAUACGACCGUAUUAUAAUAUAUAUAUUAUAUUAUAUGUAUUAUAAAUAUACGUGCACGCAUUAUUAUAUUAUAUUAUUUUAGAAUGUAUAAUAUAAUAUAUUAUAUAAAAUA